GAGAGAGUAGAGGUUAGGGCAAAGAGAGAAUGGCGCUACUUAGGCGAGGGUCUCUCCAGCUCCAGCGCGGCCUUGGGCCACCGGCGGCAUGGUGGAGAUUACGCGCGGCCAUGGCGACGGCGGCGGCCCCGGCGCCAGAGCAGGCAAGUCUCGAGGACGCAUUUGGAUACAAGAUCAAGCCCUGCUCGCUCGCACUGCCGCCAGACUCCAUGAUCCGCUACGUGGAGCCCCAUCCGGGCGGAUUCCGGGGCCUGAUGCUCAAGGUUCUUGGAUUCUACAGCAAAGAGAGCACGCGAAUUCGUGGAGCCAAGCGGCUGUAUGCGCGGAUCACUAGCCAGGUCGAGAAUCCGGAGCUCUAUUCCAGCUUUGGACUUGAGAAGAAGUUCCGGACUGUCCACGCGAUGCUUUUGCUGCACGUCUGGAUGGUUCUUGUGAGGCUCCGGAAUGAAGAGAAGGGAGCGAACAUCGGGCAGACGAUGUACGAGGUUUUCAAUCUGGAUUUGGAGCAAAGGAUUUACAAAGAAGGGGUAAAGAUGACAAUGAUAAUCACCAAGUGGCUCAAGGAACUCGAGAAGAACUUCUAUGGAGCCUCUGUAGCUUAUGACAAAGCUCUAAGCGGAUCUUCCAUGAAAGAAGAUUUGGAGCGUGCUCUUUGGAGAAAUGUGUUUGCCGAAGACGACUCUCCAAUGCCAAAAUCCGGUCCUCAACUGGCUAACGUGCAGGCUUUUGCGAGAUAUGUCCGCAGGGAACUUGCGUGCUUGGUAAUAACCGAAUCCGAGGACUUUAGGACCGGCAACAUUCGUUUCUCCACAGAAUUCGAGGCUCUAAAAGAAGACCACUAAUUUCAAGUACGUUUUCUUAGAAUCUGAGAAUCUGCAUGGAUCGGCUGAAAGAAUGUGCUUGGUUUAAAGCUUUUUGCGGCUGGCUUAACAUAAAAUGGGAGGCGGUGUUUUUCCAGUAUAUAAAUCAAGGCUCGUAAACCUCUCUUCGUCCUCCAGCCUCCAGCUUUUCGAGAGCGUCAAUGGGUGCUCCAGAAGUUCUUCCCAGCGACAGCAACGACGACAACAAGAUGGUUCUCUGCGGCUGCUAUUCCUUCUCGAUCGCCAAGAAGAAGGAUCACGACUGUGAUCUCAAGGCUCUGAUCCAGGAGGGGAAGAAGAUGAACAAGGGAGAUCACAGCCAUGAUCUCCAGGCGAAGAACAAGCCAUCGACACCAGCAUUCCCAGCAGCACCCUCAGCACCGAUCAUCGUUCCAUACUUCCAGUCGUCUUCCAGAUUGUUUCUCGCGUAACUUCUUCCAGCUCGAGAGAGAUCGAGCGAGUUUUCCAUCUUUGUUUCCAAUGCGGCUUCUAGAACAAUUUUGUGAGUGAGAGUGAGUUCCAAUAAAAAAAAUACAAAAAAUUCGGUUU